AUGCAGAUAUAUGAAUUGGUAGAACAAAUUAACCAAAUGAAAGUACACCGGGAAUUCUACCUGGAGUUCAGUCAGGACCCCCAGGGUUUCAUCACUCGGUGGCUCGCCAGCCAGUCGCAUGACCUCCAGGUGAUGACCGACGCCGUGCCUGGCCAUCCUGAGGAGGAACGCCGGGCCGAGUUCUAUAGUGCCUCCUGGAUGCAGGAGGCCGUUAAGCGAUACUUUUACAAUCGGGUCGCUGGCUCUAAGCAUUCCGUUGGUGCAAUUGCUCAUUAUUAA